CAGUGAACAGUUUGAUCACACUUAUGACAUGCAGUUGCCAUAUAUAAGUGGAGGGCAAUUGGGCACUAUCGCAAAUUGCAAAACAAAGAACAAAACGCUAGUAAGACAAUCGUUCUAUUGGUGCGCUAAAUUGUCUCAUAGUGCUGUCAAAGAGCAUAUUAGUACGUGAAUAUUUCAGGAUUGCCAUACACUGCCUAAGCGUGCAGAGGCCUCACCCUCAAAGGCCUUUUCACUGGCAAUGUACUCUGCCACAGCGUCCACAGCCUCACAGCCCAGGAAGCAGUCAUUGUGGGACAAAAGGUUAGGAUAACUGGCCUACAUUAAAGUUACAUAAUUGACCACAGCAUGGAUUCUGGAUUCCUCCCACCCAGUACCAUUACAGGAGAAGCAUUACUCCCAGUGGAGAAGUCUAUGUUAAGAACACCGUGUCAAUCAGAAAAAGGAGGAAGCAUCUUACUGCAUUUGCUGGAAUUUAGAACACAUCUCCUUGAAGCUGUAGAGGAGCUGCACAUUCGAAGGGAUGCAGAAACGCAAUUUGAGAAUCAGAUUGGUAAAGUGGUGUUGGAGAAACAGGAGAUGGAGUGGGAAAAGGAAUCAUUGCAACAUCAAAUCACAACAGCUACAAAGCAGCAUGCAGAGUCUCUCAUCACUAUUGAAAAGCAGUUACAGAUAAAAAUAAGAAGCACAGAAGAGGAGAAGGGGAAAUUCCAGGUCAUUUCUGAGUUAAAAGAGAAGGAGAUUAGCAACUUGAAAGAAGAGCUGAAAGCACUCCAGCUGCUGAAGUACAACUUUGAAAAGAAAGCCAAUGAGUUGGAACAGAAGCAAGCUUUGCAGAGUAGGUCAAAAGACAGUCACCUAAUCCAAAUGGGAGAGGUUGAGAAACGGUUUGAUGCUCUAGCAAGGCAGUGUGCCACACUCAAGAAGGCUCAUACGCAACUAGAGGAGAAUGUUGAUGAAGUCAUGAAGAGAAAUAAGAAACUAACAGCUACAAAUGAAAAACAUGAAGCAACUAUUCAAGCGCUAAUGAAGGAGUUAGAGGAGGUCAACACCAAAUUGAUUCAGACAAAGUUGUCAUCGGUUCAACAUGACAACACCUAUGCCGUAAUGACCCAGACAAAGCAGCAUUUAAGCCAGCUGAGUUACAAGCUCGGGAUGGAAAAGAUAAUGAAUAAAAAACUACGGGAAGAGAACACUGUUGUGAGUUCAGAGAAACAAGAGGUUAUUAUGUCGCUGCAAUACACCCAGCAGCUCUUUUUGAACCAGGUACAUGCUGUGAACAGACUAGAGCAACAGCUGCUGACACAAGAGGAGCAGUGCAAGUUUCUAGAGCAAGUACAUGAAGAGAUGCAAGAGAAGACCAAGUCAAUGAAAGAAAAAAUUACCCAAUUGAUGAGAGUGGAGAAAGAAUUUCAAGCACUGAAAGAAGUGCAUGAUGACCUUCAACAAAAACACAAUGAAUUGACUGCACAGGUCAAAGUGCAGGCCCACACUAUAAACGAGUUGGAGAUGUUCCCAAGUCUAACAGAGGGAACGAGAGGGAGACCUCCUGAUGAACCCAAAUCCAGCUCCACGCUGUCUUUCUUUGGCAGCCAGCAGAACUCAGCCAUUUCUCAGAACAAAAUCCUGGACUGUCUGGAAGAUACGAGAGCUAACACUAAACUGGAUGGCGAAAUGGGAGGACAAGGAACUCCACAGCUCCAUGAAACUUUUGAAGCUCAGCUACAAGUGCAAUGUAAGAAGUCCUUGUCAAUUCAAUCACCCCAAAGGCUCCUGGGACUGUCGGAAACAAUGGAAAAUAAUAAUACCCUUUUGAAUAAAGAAAGAAGCAGCUAUAGUGAAGUGUCAAAUGUGACUUGUGCCACUAUACACCAGUCUGUUAAUGACAUAACCAUCAGUGAAAUUUUAGUGGAUGGACUAAACACACCAAGUUCAGACAUGUCAAGCAACGACCUACAGGCCAACGAUAGAAGGCAAGGAGAUGGGAGCACAAGCCAAAAUGAAUCAGACAACACAGGAAUGAACGAAGUGGAAGGGACAAGCGACAAAACUGAUGAAGGCUCCACAAAUAAAAGACAGUCAAGGAAGACAGAAGAUGAUCUGGAAGAGAUUUGUGUUGGUGAGGAGGAGGUCAUACGUACUUCCCAACCUGGAAAUCGUGGGAACAUUCAAGAAAAUAAUAGUUUGUGUACACAAGAAUCCAAAAAAGAAACAGCAACAAAUUGCAGGAAUGGAGGGAAGGAAGAAGGAAAGACGGAAACUGAGAUGGAGGCCCAGACAUCUUGCAAUUUUAAGAGCAACACCUCAUCGGACAUUGACUUUAUGGUCAUCAGUGAGAAAAUAGGCACUGUCUGUGAGGCGGACUGUUAUCAAAACGUCACAGAGAAGGUUGCUGACCAGAGUCUUGUUAACAUGACUGAAGGGCAGCUACUUCAAGACAUUAGUUGUCCUGCAAACCAAAGUCCCGAUGAUAGAGAUAUUUCACUUGUGGAAGAUGCUCAACGCUCAUGUCAGUUUGAGGUCCAAACCAAUGCGGAAACAGUCAAGCCCUCACCAACUGUGGGUCAUCCAGUGAUUGAGAAAACGAAAGAAGUGAAAUUGGAUGAAUCAAUAGCUACUGUUCAAACGAAAUUUUCUGACCUUCUGAAGCAACCAGCUGAUUCUGUGACGAAUCCGACAAUGGCAGAAACUACUAAUUUUAAGGAGGUCAAGAAAACUAUUGUUGACGCUGGAAUUGAAUCUGAUAAUCAGGGUGUACAAGAACUGUCAAACGAAGUAAUGGACAUUUUUGAAAGUAAUGCAUGCAAGGAGGUAUAUGGAAUGGCCUCCCAGACGAAAUCUGUCACUUGUGAUGGGGAUUUGAAAACUUCCAUUUCCAACCCAGAAAAUGGAGAAUCUUCAAAGAAAUUUGAAAAUGUUUCGUCAGGCUCAAUUCAACCAAAAAAUGGUCUUGUGGAAACACUUGAGAAUGGUACUGCAUGCCUUGAGCAGCCAGUUGUAAAAGAAACCCUUUGUGAUGCCGAAGAGUUGCCUGCUUUGCCUGUUUUAAAGACCCACCAGCCAUCAGUUGACUGGGGUGGUUCUCAACAGACGGUACUAUCCUUGGCUAACUCCAUCCUGCAGCCAAAUGUUCAGAAUUCUACUGUGUCUGAGCAAAAUGCAAGUAAUGCUCUCUGCUCAACCCAGCUCAGUAAAGAACACUUGAUGAUUAUAAGAGCCUCUGAGUUGUUGAAGGUCUCCAAUGCCUCUGCAUCCACAGAAUUUGGGAGGAAACAUAAGCUGAAAGACUGGAACAUUUUUGGAAAAAACUUCAGAGAAACAGCAGCAACCUAUAAAGGCAAGGCGUCAUUGUCUGUCCCUACUUGUCCAGUCUCCAGCGCUUCCAGCACAUGGCCGACUCCUUCUGGAACCUCUGUGCCUGAUGUAGCUUCAAAAUCUGAUAUUGAGUUUAAACCGCAGUGCUCCCAGGAAGAAGAACAGUCAUCUAUCAGAGCCCAGAUAUCAAAAAUUGAACAGUUUUUACAAACAGAAAGGCUCCACUUUUUCAAGCGAAGACGUACAGAGAACUGAACCAACAUGUUGUUAGUGCAGGUUUCAAUGUUUUGAAUUCACUCUGGUUUGAGCACUGGAAAGUUACUUGUUGAAAUAUAAAUCAAUAUUAAUUCAAUGCAAUUCUCGAUCAUAGUGUUUCAAUUUUACGGUUACUAGUUUAGAGUAUUGCUUGCAUGUCAAAUGUUUUUUCCUGCUCCACAUUUAUUUAUGGUGUAGCUGGAAUGGGAACGAAGUAUCAAAUAUUUGUUAGAAUAUUCCCUGUACUUUAGCCAUUCAAACAACACGAUUUAGGAUUUAUUUUAUUUUAUUUUAUUUAUUUAGUUUAUUAUUUAUUUAGUUAUUUAGUUUGUUUACUAUACUUGAUCCUUUUUGUAAUAUUUGUGUGUAUGUAUACAUGUAUGUCUUUAUAUGAACAUGCGUAUUUUGGUAUUAGUCUCUAUUGAAACUUGCCAUUAGUUUUACACACCUUGCUCUGAUUAAUAAACAGCAAAGGCCACA